GACGAUUUUCUUUUCGAAUCAAAUCCCUUCCCUUUCCAAAGCUGUCACCGACGGCGACGCGUUUCUUCGCGCAGCGCCUUUAAAACUCCACUCCCCGGGGGCCGGCGGAGACCACGAGACUACAAAUCACACCGCCGGUUCCUUGGUUCCCGAGGAGGCACAAGUUUUUUUUUUCUUUUGUUUUCCGUCUCGACUCGAUCGAUCGCGCCGCGCAGCUCUCGUUCUCGAUCGGCUUCUCAGCUUCCGAUCGAGCGGCUGGGGGGCACCGGCGGCAGGGAUGCAGCGGAACAACUCGUUCGGGACGUCGUGGGCGGACCAGUGGGACUACGGCGGCGGCGACGCGAGCCCGAGGGCGGCGCGCGACCACGCACGCGGCGGCAAGACCGGCGGCGGCGGCGGCGGCGUGGGGGAGAAGACCAAGGCGGCCGCGGCCACCGGGAUCAGGAAGGUGAAGGAAGGCACGGCGCAGGGGUUCCAGUGGAUCAAGGACAAGUGCCAGCGGAAGAACGGCGGCAAGAAGCAGCAGGGCUCCGACCUCCCGGUCCCGGGGUACUGACCACCACCUCAUCAGAUCAGCGUUGCUCGGCUUCGGACACGACCACAUGCUAGCUGCCGCUCCCGGUAGACAGCAAUUUCUUUUUUUUCCCCUUCUUUUUCUAUAUAUAUACUGCAUAUAUAGGUUAUUAUGGCUGGUGAUCAUGAUUUGAUCUCGCUGCUGUUGCGGUUGUAGAGUAGUUUCAUCAUAUGUACCUGCAGGUGUCUGCUGAUUACUGAAUUCGCUACUACUUUGAUGUACAUAAAAGGAUAUUUAUUUAUAUAUACUUUCUGCUCAUGUUUUCUUUUUCAAAAAAAAA